AUGAACUGUUUCUUCUUCUAUUCGUACCUUAUCUAUUUCAUUGGAUUCCUGAUUUCGCUAAGCUACUACAUCAAGGACAUCCUUCAGUACCGCAGACUGGGAAAUCUAAUAACAUCAAGAAGAGCAAUAAUUCAACCAGCAGCACCCAUUGAGAGAAGACAACCCGCCCGGAAGUACGUCAGCAGUCAUCGGCACAAAAUGCUCCGCCGGAGGUGGAUCAACGUGGUCAACCGGCUCAGCGGCAAGCUGCGGAUUAAGCCACCCCGCGAGCGGUACGAGCUGUACUUUGACUCGGAUGGGGAAAUUGGCAUCAGGACCAUCUCGGCUUAGGUGGAUGUGCUGUUGGUGGUGUGGUGGAGUGA